AUGUCUUCGUCUCCCGCAACCUUCUACGAGCAGCUUCCUCUGCCUACCAUCGACCGACCCUUCGGCAUCCACCUAUGGCCCAUCUUCGACAAGGCAUGGACCGCCGUCGUGGGCUACUCGGUCAACGACUUCAAGUUCGUGCCGUUUGAGACGCCCAUGUCGACCCUCAAGUCCACCUCGAUCUUCAUCAUCAUCUACUACGCCAUCAUCUUCGGUGGUCGUGAGUUCAUGCGCAACCGUGAGCCCUACAAGCUCAAGACCCUCUUCCUCAUCCACAACUUCUACUUGACCGCCAUCAGCGGUAUCCUCCUGGCUCUCUUCAUUGAGCAGCUUCUCCCCACUGUUGUUCGCGGCGGCAUCUUCCAUGCCAUCUGUGAUGCUGAGGGUGGCUGGACUCAGCCCCUGGUUGUCCUGUACUAUCUCAACUACCUCACCAAGUACCUCGAACUCCUCGACACCGUCUUCCUGUUCCUCAAGAAGAAGCCUCUGACCUUCCUCCACUGCUAUCACCAUGGUGCCACCGCUUUCCUCUGCUACACUCAGCUCCUUGGUUCCACCUCGGUCUCUUGGGUUGUCAUCUGCCUGAACCUCACCGUCCACGUCGUCAUGUACUGGUACUACUUCCAGAGCGCCCGUGGUAUCCGCUGCUGGUGGAAGGAGUGGGUUACCCGCCUCCAGAUCAUCCAGUUCGUCAUUGAUCUCGGCUUCGUCUACUUCGCCUCGUACACCUACUUCACCUCGACCUACUGGCCCUGGAUCCCCAACGCUGGCAAGUGCGCUGGCGAGGAGUUCGCUGCCUUUGCUGGUAUCAUCACCCUCAGCUCCUACCUGGUCCUCUUCAUCUCCUUCUACUUCGCCACAUACAAGAAGCAGGGCAAGGCGCCUAGCGGUCGCCAAAGCCUUCGCCGCAUGUCCCAGGCUCCUCUUCCCGACCCUCACCUGGUCCAGACCACCCCCGUCAAGGGAAAGUCCAACGGUGCCACCACUACUGGCUCCAAGACCAACGGCGCCACCACCCGAUCUCGCAAGGCUUAA